AUGGCGCUUUUCAAUCGCUCCUCUUCCUCGAGCUCUUUGAAGAGCGAGAAGUCUGCUGCCAACACAAAGAAGAAUGUGAGAUUCAGUAAUCAGCCUCUCAACAGCUCUCUGAAGACUGAGGAGUCUACGGUCAGCUCCGGAUCAAGCACCAAAUCAGAGGCCGAAAAGAAGUCCAGCGCGUCUGCUGGAAUGCCUCAAUCCAAACCGUCCAAAUCUCGUGUGCCCCUGUACAACAAGAAACACGACUUUGACAUUUUGAAGCAAUCAUGGGAUUAUCAGUUACAGCUACAUGAUGGAGUCUCUCGUCGCCUUGGGGACAAGUUGGCUACUUAUACAUACGAAGAGUUGCUCGACCUCGAGAAGACCAUCGACCCUUCUCUUGACUACUUCCGGCUAAGAAGUAACUUGGAGGCUUUCAGACGUGAAUCAGUUGUCCCUAUCGGCUUGCACACAUGUACAGCCCUUCCAGUUGGAUCAGUCGUUCUGGAGCAGGACAACUCUGCAAGGUAUACAACCGAGAGCGAACCGCGACUGAUUCCAUCUCACUCUCUGGACGAUAACAUGCAUGCGAAUCUUGCCCCAGAUCUAAUCGAUGCCAGCAACAAGACGCUAUCUUCUCUCGAGAAGGGGUGGGAGCCGAGUAGUGACAAACAUGUGAACCCUUUGAGACUCGGUUCCAGUAGUCCGGAAGCGGGCUCAGAAAAUGAGGAGCGAAUUAUAUAUCAAAACCACAUGGCUCGGCCGUCGACUGGCAAAGAUGCUGCCCCUCCUCCUCGCUUCAUAAACCCAGCGAAGGUCACGAAGCUCACGAAUGAGGAAAGAUGCAUUGGAUCCUAUCUGAACCAACACCAACUCUACAUGCUGCGUCGGAAGGAAACCCAGCUCAUCAGAAAGCUUGAAACCAAAACGAUAUCGCAACUCCAGAUGCUGCAACACAAGGCUUCGACAUGUCAUGCCAGCAACAAAAUCAAAAACUUGAUUCAGAACACUCUCUUCGAGAAGCACCUGGCCGAGAUGAAAGAAUGGGAAAGUCAACUUGACGUUUGGUCCAAGAAUUCCCGAGAUGAGCCGAGAACAAGAACAGAUAACCAGGAGAUACAAGGACUUCGGAAAACUGAUCAAGACAUCUUUGUUUCUCUCACCACAAGCAACAUGGUCAUUGAUCCCACUUAUUUCAUUCCCUUGAACGACAGGGGCCUUCUGAUGAGAGACAUGAAGCCCUUUGGAGACAGUUCAGAUGAAGAGAUUAUUGACGUAGAGGAGUCUGACGAGCAGGCCUUAGCAAACCAGGCAAAGCAAGUCACGGAUACCAACAUCACUACUGCUACAGCUAAUCUAUACAACAGCAAAGGCCAGAAGGUAUCCCAAAGAAUACCUGGUCCUGGUAGCGUCGCAACGUCUUCGAAAACCCUUGCCACCAAAGGGACCGCUUCGAAAGUGACGAAACCCAUCUACAACAAGCAACUUGGAAAACUCAAUCAGAAGCUGAGAGGGAAAACGCUUGAGGAGCUUCUCAAGAUGCAUGAUGAAACAACGCAAGAGCUGUUCCGCGAUAUCAUAAAAGACGCAUACCACGAGAAACGUAUGGCUAUGCUCAAGGAAUGGGAAGAGCAGAUUGGAGAUUGA